GCACGGCGGCGGCGGCGGAGCGCGGUAACUACAAACUGAUCAUUUAAUUUGAUCAAGAAUCCUUCAGGGGAUUGAAGUUACGGGUCUGUAACUUCUUAAGUCUUCUCACACCUUUUUUUUUUCCUUUUAAAAAGAGAUUGGCCAGCCUGGCUGAGACCACUUAGCAAUGACAAAACAAAAACUUCUGCUUGAUUGGACGCUCUCCUUGUUUCUGAUUGCGGCCUGUGGAGCUCAACAGCUCCCCAAGAGUCAUGUUGCUGCUAGUUCUGGUUCGCUGUGUGAGAAGGAGGCAGAGUCCUGGGGAAACCUUUUCAGCAGUGAGCGAUUGGAUGCUUGGAUCUGUUCCCUCAUCGGUUCAUUCAUGGUGGGGCUGAGUGGGGUCUUCCCCUUGCUGGUGAUCCCAUUUGAGACGGGAGCUGCUCUGCAGUCAGAAGCUGGAUCACACCGUAUGAAGCAGUUGUUGAGUUUUGCAAUUGGUGGACUACUGGGGAAUGUGUUCCUGCACCUGCUUCCUGAAGCCUGGGCCUACACAUGCGCUGCAACAACAGGAGAAGAGCAGAGCUUUCAUCAGCAGAAGCUUCUGGGUCUCUGGGUGAUCAUUGGUUUCAUAACCUUCCUGGUGCUAGAGAAGAUCUUCCUAGAGAAAGAAGAGAAGGACUACCCUGGUGUGGACUGUGAUUCCAAAGCACCAGGUGGAAAGAUUUCCAAUGGAAGUGGCUGUUCCCUGCAAAAGAUGGCAGGUCAAUCCCAAAAAGCACGAGCUCAGUGUAAUGGCUCCUCUCUCCAGUCUUGUAAAAGAAACAAUAGAAUCAAGAUUAGUGGAUACCUCAAUUUACUGGCCAACACCAUUGAUAACUUCACACACGGCCUGGCAGUAGCAGCCAGCUUCCUGGUUAGCAGAAAGGUUGGAUUCCUAACCACAGUGGCCAUUCUCCUGCACGAAAUCCCACAUGAGGUUGGAGACUUUGCAAUCUUACUUCGGGCUGGCUUUGACCGCUGGAGUGCAGCCAAAAUGCAGCUUUCCACAGCUCUGGGGGGAAUUCUGGGAGCCUGCUUUGCAAUAUGUGCUCAGUCACCAAAAGGAGCAGGUGAAACAGUAGCCUGGAUCCUCCCUUUCACUUCUGGAGGAUUUCUGUAUAUUGCCCUGGUAAAUGUUGUGCCUGAUCUCCUGGAGGAAAAGAAUCCUUGGAACUCCCUGCAGCAAAUUCUGCUCCUGUGUACAGGCAUUAUAGUCAUGGUGCUACUUGCGCUCACAACUGAGUGACCUCUGCGCAGACCUCGUGAUGCCUCCCAGAGCCACCACAGUGACUCUGAGUUGUUACAAAGCAAUAAGGAACACUAAUGUUACUUCUGACGUGUGUGUGUGUGCAGAUCUGGCUGCUAGUAUGAGAAGCAGGUGAGAAAGAGGUCUGGAUGUGCAGGACUUGAUUCCCUGGCUCUCCUAUUCCUGUUCUGCUAAAAUCCACACACCAGGGCUUCUGUUCUUUUUUGAUUUGGUUGGGUUUUAUGGAGCAAAAGAUACACUGCGCAGAAAUGAACCGAACAACUGCUCCACUGUGAAUGAAUGAUAUUUCAUUCAGUUUGUUCUGAUGGAACUGCACCUCCCCAAGCUCUUGUGUGAAAACAACUGAGGCGAUUCCUGUAGCUGAUGAAGACUAAGGCCUUUUCCUACCACUAGUGGCUGGAGGCAGAACAGGGAUUACAAAAGACAAUAAACUAACAGCUUUAGCCAGAACUCCCUACCCAUGAGAAGUUGAUGGUGCUAUGAGAUAGAGGGGAAAAGGCCCUUUCCAACUUGGUCUCUGGCUUUUUAUUGACAUUGCUUGUUCCUAAAGGGUAGUAUUAGCCUCAGCAGUCCAGCUUUUUUGGUCUAUUUUGUAUUUGUUUAUGUUGAAGUUGAGCCAAAAGCUUGAGGCACUUUAGGAUAGGUCACUAUAAUUAAAUGACUCAGCUUGGAGAUUACUUUCCUCAGCCCUAACCACUCCAAAAGCCAGCACAGCCUGUUUAUCUGAUAAAUGAUUAGUAAAUGUUUCUUCUAUUGCCAUACUACCAGCUCACCUACAUCUGGAAGGAAAGACAUGUAGCUGCUGUGACUGAGCUCCCUCUCCUCAUAACCAUUAGUUGAACACAGCUCUGAGCCUGUUCUUGAGCCCUGCGUCACCCACCAUCUGCCCCACACCAUGUUUCAGAGUUUUCAUGAGGUGUAGCAUGUUAGCCCUGCCCGACAUGCUACAGCACCCCUAGACUGUCAUGGCAGAGGUAGCUGAACACUACAGCCUGGCCAGCAGCUGGUAACUCCUGGUUAACUUUUCCUCUGUUCAGUGUAGACCAUUUAAGAGCAUGCUAUAACCAAAAACAUAGAUGGUAGCCUAUUUCUGGGCUUCUUACCUCACAGUGAUGUUCAUUCUGUUGGGGACGAAUGGAUAAGGAAUAAUACUGACAGCUCUUAAAUGGGAAGGCUGAAACUGCUGGUAAAAAUAUUUUAAAAAUAUUUUUAUAGUAAAGUUGUGUGCUAGGACAAGGAGAGAGAGGGAUAUGAAAGGGUGAUGAUAGGUAUGCUUUAAGAGGAGUUUUCUGUUUUGUGAUGCUUGGGAUAAAAUUUUUGGCAAUUUGAGACCAAUAAAAAUAAAUAAUAUUUCUAGUGCUUUCCUGCAUCCCAGCUCACAAGGCUGACCAUAAUUCCACAGGCAUAUUUUAUUGCCACAGAGAUGUGCACAAUUACUAGAUAAUCUCUUUUGCAGAGCUUAUCCUUGCUUUGCUUAAAUUUGUUUAGAAACAGGUCUCAUUGAACUAGUGAAGUCACCGGGCACAAAGCAGGUGCCCCAGUGUCCAUUGCACCAACUUAGCUCUGUCUUGAAACAGCUUUUGUAAAUCACUACAGCUCUCCAAUCUGCACAGGGCCCUAUCAAUAGGGCUCAUGCCUUCUGAGGGCGAUUCGGGUCAGAGCAGCGAGGCAGGUAUGCUGCCCACAGCAGAAGCAUUUACUUCCCUAAGAGAUUCCUGAACUGUUGACACAGUUCUUUUUUAUGACAGCUCCUGUCCUACUUUUCAGCAAGCGCUGAAGAGCUCAUGCUUGCAGUUCUAUCUGCCCAGGAACUGCUGCCUGAAAUUUUUUCAGCUUUCCUUACCCCAGACUUACAGCAAUAACUAAUUUCACUGCUACAAUGAGGGAGGCUUAGAGCAAUUAUUUUAUUCCUCUUUACAAAGUUGCCUUCCUAUGCCAACUACUCUUAUCGUUCAAUUGUCAUGAAGUCUGAAGGUAGCAUCUGCUUCCCAUUUUCCUGGAAGGAUGACUAAUCCAAGUAGUCUGCAGGGACUGGGUGGGUAUGCUAGCCCUCUAGAUCUAGCUUUGGGGAUUCACCCCUGCCCAGGGACUGCAACUAAGUGGACCCUGUAAUUGGGCUCUGGGGGAAGCAGGUUUGCACAGAAAGAUGUGCCUGCUGUUUCUCAAGAUUUCUUUCCCAAAAUAAGGCUGGCAUUUAAGUUGAGGCACUGCCAGGUGAGUGCCCAUGAGUUGGCGUUGUUGCAUCAGCACCGAGCCUUGCCAAGACUGAAAACCACAGUCAGGAUUUUGUACUCAGCGUUCAGGAAUGUAAAGUGGAUGACACUGAAGAAAGAAUUUCAGAGCUGUUUUUCUUGGCUGCUGCCAUAGGUCUGAAUAGUCUGUGGUUGUUGGGAAGAUACCCUGGUAGGAGGUAGCAUGGGGCUUGUGGGAGGGAGGGGCUUGAAAGGUUUCUACGUCAGCCCUGGGGCUGAGGAUGGAGAGCCUUGUGAGGAAAUGGAGCAUCACUCCAUCACAUUUGUCACUUUUGGAAAUACAGAGAGAAUUGUAUUUUCUAGCUCUAUUUUUUCAGCUGCUCUUACUCAUUUUCCCACUUCAUCUGUAUUGGUCUGCUCUUCAUGGAGACAAUAGAGAUGAAAUAAAUGAUUUUUCAUGUUGGUU